UAUUGUUUAUUGCUUGUUUGUUUGUAUGUCAGAUGUAUGCACCCUUCUGUUGUAUAGAGCUACAGAAUAUUGUGCUAUGUUAUUAUUAUAUUAAAAAACAGUUUUGGCUUGGACCAAGCAGGGUAUUUUAAGCCAGGUCAUGCAAAAACAGGCUUUUGAAAGUAAGUUUCUGUGCAUGCUGUUAGUUGCAGUACAUAUGCUUUAUACCAGUAUUUACAGCUGCAUAAUUAUCAGAAGGGAGGGAUUUCCCAAAUUAUUAUUUUAAAUACUAUUCCUAUAAAACGUAUACGUGAUAUUAUAUGAUGUGGCUUUUUCUGAAUAAUUCAAAAGCACAAAUACAGCUAGAUAAAGUUCCACACAAACUGAUGGGGGUGGGGGGUUUCCAAAUCACAUUUCAGAGCAAAAGUCCCUUUAUCUGAUCAGAUAUAUGUAAAUGAAUCCUAAGAGGAAGUUCUCAGAUAUUUUGUUUUUAACAGAGUAUUAUUGACUUCUUUUUCCGUAAAGGUAGAAGGGCGUUGUAGCUAGUAAUGUCAUCCAGCAACAAAUGUUUUCUGUAGGCAGUGGUCAGGAAUGGUAGGCUGAGACAAAAAAACAGGCUAUUUAAACCCAGCUUAGGUUUCACAGUAAUAUACUCUCUAAGAAACAUUACAUGUUCUUCUUCCCAAAAGCAGGUGCAGCAGCUUUAUAGCAGAGAGAGGACAGAAAAAUGUAUAUGCUUUUCAUGGUUUUGCUGCUUCCACAUUGUGGGUGGGCAUUUUCGACAACAACUCCAUGGACAGAUGAAAUUUAUAGCACGGUUGCUCCUGUGAAUCACUCAUGUGCUUUACGAGAAGGAACCUCAUUCACAUUAUUAAGAGACUUUUUUCCAUCUAUGAGGUUUAGUAAUUCUGACUACAGAACACUUUUGAACCGCAUACAGAACAGAUUUCCAUGCCUUUCUAGACAAUACAGAGAUAUAACGGUGAAUGAUUCAGGCAUUUUUGAACAAGUCUUCACUAAUAAGGAUGAUUUCCUAAACAGUAGAACCAGUUAUGAUUUCUACAGUUCUAAUCAGUUUGUAUCGUUUUACUACUACUACCAGUGGUUCACCCAACAUUAUAACUUUGGCGAUUACAGCCAAUAUCAUUAUAACAAUAUAUAUCAGAGUGUUAUGAAGAUGUCACUUUUGCAUGGAGUCAAUAAAGCAUUGGAAUUCUCUCCGCCUGGAACCUUUAUAUUGGUUGAAACGAGUGGUUUAAUGACUGAUUACAAUAACCUUACAUUGCUCAAUGAUGUUUACAGAUUAAUACAGGAAAAGCAAUCUCAGGUGUUCUUUCUUGUUUAUGAGGACAUCGGAGGAGCAAAUGCUGGUAAUUUAGCAGAAAGAGUGUUCAGAGAAAUUGCUUCUCAAAGCUUUGGACAGUAUUUAAAGAUAACGGAGCCCAACAAAGAGCAGGUGAUCAGGAGCUUGGAUUUACUUCUAGAAAAACCACUUAAUUCUUCAGUGCGAAUCCUGAAUGUCAGUUUAAACAUUAGCGGUGAUCACAGGGAAGUGGUUAAUGUUACAUCUUUAACCUUUCUGCUAAUUACAACCAAUGGAAACAUCAGUCUCGCUCUUACAGAUCCAAGUGGAAACAAAAAGAAUUUUGAGAAAAUUGUAUCAUAUGCUUAUGGGUCCAUCUAUCUUUUAAAGAAUCCGGCAUCUGGAUCUUGGUUUCUGGAUAUAUUUGGUAAUGGAUUCACUUCUGUAAAUAUUCUAGGAUUCAGAGGACUGGAAACAAAAGGUAACUGCUCAAAUUCUGAAUGUCACCCAAAUGCUACUUGUGAGGAGUUUGGUGGAUAUAAUGAGUGCACGUGUAAAGAAGGAUUUGCAGGAAAUGGAUUCCUAUGUGAUGAUAUCAAUGAAUGUACUGAUUAUUCAUUGAAUUGUCCUUCCUGUGUGAACUCUGUCGGGUCGUACAACUGCACUUGCUAUCAAGGAUAUACAUUUAUACUGGAAUCCGGUUGUGUCGAUAUUGAUGAAUGUUUAAUCGAAGAUCUGAAUAAGUGUCACCCUCUGGCAAUUUGUAUAAACACAUAUAAAGGGUACACGUGUGCCUGCCCUUAUGGAUAUUUUGGGAAUGGAAACAACUGUGUAAUGAAUGAAUGUCAGCACGGAAAACCAUGUGGACCAAAUUUAGAUUGCAAUAAAAAUAAUGCCACGUUAUACAGCUGUUUGGAUCCAUGUUUCAACUACACAGUUCUUGAUCAACAGUGGCGCAGUACAUCAAAUAGAGGUUAUGAUUAUAACUCUGAUUAUAUUUCUGGAGGCUGGUAUAGAUUUCAAGGGGCAAAUGGCCAGCACAUGCCUAAUUACUGUGUUCCGAGUCAUAGCUGUGGAGUAAAAAUCCCUAUAUGGCUAAAUGGCAGCCAUCCAACUCCAGAGGAAGGAAUAACAGAGCGCACAGUUUGUGGAAGCUUUGGUGAUUAUUGUUGUCUCUGGUAUUACAAUAUUUCAGUCAGAGCCUGUUCAGAUGGAUUUUAUGUGUACAAACUGAAGCCAGUACCAACAUACUCCAUGGCCUAUUGUGUUGAAUCAAGUAUGAAUUGCUCAGGAACUUCCUGUGCUCCAGAUGAAUACUGCACCAAUAUAAAAGGGGAUCUACAGUGUCAGUGCAAUGCAAGCAGAUCUGGUGCUUCCUUGAUAACAAGCGAUCCUGCAAAUCUGCCUUCACCAGAGUUAAUAUGUGGAUUUAACCAAAUCAAGCUGUCUUUUGGUAAAUGCCUGUUGGAGAACCUGGGAUACAACACAUCAGUACAUCUAAGAGACAGUUCCUGUAUAAGCUUCAUUGAAAGAAGAGACAAAAGCUAUGUCAGCCUGUAUGCAGUGCCAACAAAUGGUAACUGUGGAGCCCAGAUACAGGCAAACCAAACUCAUUUAACUUAUGUAAAUGCUGUAUAUUUGUUAAUGAACUCAUCUGGAGCUAAUGUUCUUGUGCCUUUCUACUGCUCUUAUCCAAGAGAAAACCUCCUGCAGCUCGGAGUAAAUAUGUUUAUUGCCUAUGCCAAUCUCACCUACUCUGGUAAUCGAACAUACUCAGCACAGAUGGGCCUUUUCCAAACUGCUAAUUACAGCAACCUUUAUGAGGGCCCAGAGGGAUGGGUGAACCCCACAGACAGAUUGUAUGUUGGCAUAAAUGUAGAAAAGACCAACGAAUCCCACAUUGUAUUGGUGAUGCAUCACUGCUAUGCCACGCCCACACAGGAGAGCUGGGACCCAAUCAAGUUCUAUUUUAUCCAGAACACGUGCCCUGCUAUAAAUGAUUCUUCUCUGUUUGUGAUGGAAAAUGGAGAAUCCUUGCAGGGUCGCUUUUCACUUCUGCUCUUCAAAUUCAUUGGAGGCUUCACCAAAGUUUAUAUACACUGUCAGGUUCGCCUGUGUGAUACAACUCUUGAGACAUGCAAGCCGAUGUGCUCUGGGGUGGGAAACUAUUCUGCAGACAACAGAAAUGCAACACAGAAUUUAACACUGGGUCCUGUGCUUCGUAAAGAUCAAAUUUAUAGCACGGUUGUUCCUGCGAAUCACACAUGUGCUGUACAAGAAGGAACUUCAUUUACGUUAUUAAGAGACUAUAUGACAGCUCAGGUGUUUGAAAAUUAUGGCUACAGAAGACUUUUGAACCGUGUACAGAACAGGUUUCCGUGCCUUUCUAGACAAUACAGAGACAUAAGGGUCAAUAAUUCAGAUAUUUUUCAACAGGUCUUCACUAAUAAGGAUGAUUUCCUAAACAGUAGAACCAGUUAUGAUUACUACACUUCUGAUCUGUAUAAUUUGUUUUACUACUACUACCAGUGGUUUUACUAUUAUAACUUUGGCUCCCAAUAUCAUUAUAACAAUAACUAUCUGAAUGCCGUGAAGAUGUCACUUUUGGAUGGAGUCAAGAACGCACUGGAAGUCUCUCCAGCUGGAACCUUUAUAUUGGUUGAAACCAGUGGUUUAAUGACUGAUUACAAUAACCUUACAUUGCUAAAUAAUGUUUACAGAUUAAUACAAGAAAAGCAAUCUCAGGUGUUCUUUCUUGUCUAUAAGGACAUUGGUGGUGCAAGUGUUGGUAAUUUAACAGAAAGAGUGUUCAGAGAAAUUGCCUCUCAAAGCUUUGGACAGUAUUUAAACAUACCAUGGACGAGCAGAGAGCAGGUGCUCAGUGGCUUGGAAUUACUUCUAGUCAAACCACUUAAUUCUUCAGUGCGAAUCCUGAAUGUCAGUUUAACCAUCAGCGGUGAUCACAGGGAAGUGUUUAAUGUGACCUCUUUAACCUUCCUGCUAAUUACAACCAAUGGAAACAUCAGUCUUGCUCUUACAGAUCCAAGUGGAAAAAAUGAGAAUUUUGAGAAAAUUGUAUCAUAUGCCUAUGGGUCCUUCUAUCUUUUAAAGAAUCCGGCCUCUGGACGUUGGCUUAUGGAUAUAUUUGGCAGUGGAUACAUCUCUGUAAAUAUUCUAGGAUUCAGAGGUAACUGCUCAAAUUCUGAAUGUCACCCAAAUGCUACUUGUGAGGAGUUUGGUGGAUAUAAUGAGUGCACGUGUAAAGAAGGAUUUGCAGGAAAUGGAUUCCAAUGUGAUGAUAUCAAUGAAUGUACUGAUUAUUCAUUGAAUUGUCCUUCCUGUGUGAACUCUGUCGGGUCGUACAACUGCACUUGCUAUCAAGGAUAUACAUUUAUAUUGGAAUCCGGUUGUGUCGAUAUUGAUGAAUGUUUAAGUGAAGAUCUGAAUAAGUGUCACCCUCUGGCAAUUUGUAUAAACACAUAUGGAGGGUACCGUUGUGCCUGCCCUGAUGGAUAUUUUGGGGAUGGAUACAACUGUGUAAUGAAUGAAUGUCAGCACGGAGAACCAUGUGGACCCGAUUUAGAUUGCAAUAAAAAUAAUGCCACGUUAUACAGCUGUUUGGAUCCAUGUUUCAACUACACAGUUCUUGAUCAACAGUGGCGCAGUACAUCAAAUAGAGUUUAUGGUUAUAACUAUGAAGUUAUUUCUGAAGGCUGGUAUAGAUUUCAAGGUACAAAUGGCCAGCGCAUGCCUAAUUACUGUAUUCCUAGUUAUAGCUGUGGAGUAGAAUUCCCUAUAUGGCUAAAUGGCAGCCAUCCAACUCCAGAGGAAGGAAUAACAGAGCGCACAGUUUGUGGAAGCUGGAGAAAUUAUUGCUGUCUCUGGUAUUACAAUAUUUCAGUCAGAGCCUGUUCAGAUGGAUUUUAUGUGUACAAACUGAUGCCCGUACCAAUAUACUCCAUGGCCUAUUGUGUUGAAUCAAGUAUGAAUUGCUCAGCAGCUUCCUGUGCUCCAGAUGAAUACUGCACCAAUAUAAAAGGGGAUUUACAGUGUCAGUGCAAUGCAAGCAGAUCUGGUGCUUCCUUGAUAACAAGUGAUCCUGCAAAUCUGCCUUCACCAGAAUUAAUAUGUGGAUUAAACCAAGUUAAGCUGUCUUUCGGCAAAUGCCAGUUGGAGAACCUGGGAUACAACACAUCAGUACAUCUAAGAGACAGUUCCUGUAUAAGCUUCAUUGAAAGAAGAGACAAAAGCUAUGUCAGCCUGUAUGCAGUGCCAACAAAUGGUAACUGUGGAGCCCAGAUACAGGCAAACCAAACACAUUUAACUUAUGUAAAUGAUGUAUAUUUCUUAAUGAACUCAUCUAGAACUAUUGUUGUUGUGCCUUUCUACUGCUCCUAUCCAAGAAGUACGGAAAACCUCCUGCAGCUCGGAGUAAAUAUGUUUAUUGCCUAUGCCAAUCUCACCUACUCUGGCAAUCGAACAUACUCAGCACAGAUGGGCCUUUUCCAAACUGCUAAUUACAGCAACCUUUAUGAGGACCCAGAGGGAUGGGUGAACCCCACAGACAGAUUGUAUGUUGGCAUAAAUGUAGAAAAGACCAACGAAUCCCACAUUGUAUUGGUUAUGCAUCACUGCUAUGCCACGCCCACACAGGAGAGCUGGGACCCAAUCAAGUUCUAUUUUAUCCAGAACACGUGCCCUGCUAUAAAUGGUUCUUCUCUGUUUGUGAUGGAAAAUGGAGAAUCCUUGCAGGGUCGCUUUUCACUUCUGCUCUUCAAAUUCAUUGGAGGCUUCGCUAAAGUUUAUAUACACUGUCAGGUUCGCCUGUGUGAUACAACUCUUGAGACAUGCAAGCCGAUGUGCUCUGGGGUGGGAAACUAUUCUGCAGACAACAGAAAUGCAACACAGAAUUUAACACUGGGUCCUGUGCUUCGUAAAGAUGAAAUUUAUAGCACGGUUGUUCCUGCGAAUCACACAUGUGCUGUACAAGAAGGAACUUCAUUUACGUUAUUAAGAGACUAUAUAACAGCUCUGGUGUUUGAUAAUUAUGGCUACAGAAGACUUUUGAACCGUGUACAGAACAGGUUUCCGUGCCUUUCUAGACAAUACAUAGACAUAAGGGUCAAUAAUUCAGAUAUUUUUCAACAGGUCUUCACUAAUAAGGAUGAUUUCCUAAACAGUAGAACCAGUUAUGAUUACUACACUUCUGAUCAGUUUUAUUUGAUUUACUAUUACUACCAGUGGUUUUACCAUUAUAACUUUGGCUCCCAAUAUCAUUAUAAUAAUAACUAUCUGAAUAACUAUCUGAAUGCCGUGAAGAUGUCACUUUUGGAUGGAGUCAAGAAAGCACUGGAAGUCUCUCCAGCUGGAACCUUUAUAUUGGUUGAAACCAGUGGUUUAAUGUCUGAUUACGAUAACCUUACAUUGCUAAAUGAUGUUUACAGAUUAAUACAAGAAAAGCAAUCUCAGGUGUUCUUUCUUGUCUAUAAGGACAUUGGUGGUGCAAGUGUUGGUAAUUUAGCAGAAAGCGUGUUCAGAGAAAUUGCCUCUCAAAGCUUUGGACAGUAUUUAAACAUACCAUGGACGAGCAGAGAGCAGGUGAUCAGGAGCUUGGAUGUACUUCUAGCAAAACCAUUUAAUUCUUCAGUGCGAAUCUUGAAUGUCAGUUUAACCAUCAGUGGGGAUCACAGGGAAGUGUUUAAUGUGACAUCUUUAACCUUUCUGCUAAUUACAACCAAUGGAAACAUCAGUCUUGCUCUUACAGAUCCAAGUGGAAACAACGAGAAUUUUGAAAACACUGUAUCAUAUGCCUAUGGGUCCUUCUAUCUUUUAAAGAAUCCGGCCUCUGGACCUUGGUUUAUAGAUGUAUUUGGUAGUGGAUACAUCUCUGUAAAUAUUCUAGGAUUUGGAGGUAACUGCUCAAAUUCUGAAUGUCACCCAAAUGCUACUUGUGAGGAGUUUGGUGGAUAUAAUGAGUGCACGUGUAAAGAAGGAUUUGCAGGAAAUGGAUUCCAAUGUGAUGAUAUCAAUGAAUGUACUGAUUAUUCAUUGUAUUGUCCUUCCUGUGUGAACUCUGUCGGGUCGUACAACUGCACUUGCUAUCAAGGAUAUACAUUUAUACUGGAAUACGGUUGUGUCGAUAUUGAUGAAUGUUUAAGCGAAGAUCUUAAUAAAUGUCACCCUCUGGCAAUUUGUAUAAACACAUAUUUAGGGUACAGUUGUGCCUGCCCUGAUGGAUAUUUUGGGGAUGGAUACAACUGUGUAAUGAAUGAAUGUCAGCACAGAGAACCAUGUGGACCCGAUUUAGAUUGCAAUAAAAAUAAUGCCACGUUAUACAGCUGUUUGGAUCCAUGUUUCAACUACACAGUUCUUGAUCAACAGUGGCGCAGUACAUCAAAUAGAGUUUAUCGUUAUAACUUUGAUUUUAUUUCUGAAGGCUGGUAUAGAUUUCAAGGUACAAAUGGCCAGCGCAUGCCUAAUUACUGUAUUCCUAGUUAUAGCUGUGGAGUAGAAUUCCCUAUAUGGCUAAAUGGCAGCCAUCCAACUCCAGAGGAAGGAAUAACAGAGCGCACAGUUUGUGGAAGCUGGAGAAAUUAUUGCUGUCUCUGGUAUUACAAUAUUUCAGUCAGAGCCUGUUCAGGUGGAUUUUAUGUGUACAAACUGAAGCCGGUACCAAUAAUCUACAUGGCCUAUUGUGUUGAAUCAAGUAUGAAUUGCUCUGGAACUGUCUGUGCUCUAGAUGAAUACUGCACCAAUAUAACUGAGGAUUUUCAGUGCCAGUGUAAUCCAAGCAGUUUGGUUGCUUCUUUGAAAACAAGUGAUCCUGCAAAUCUGCCUUCACCAGAGUUAAUAUGUGGAUUAAACCAAAUCAAGCUGUCUUUUGGUAAAUGCCUGUUGGAGAACCUGGGAUACAACACAUCAGUACAUCUAAGAGACAGUUCCUGCAUCAGCUUCAUUGAAAGAAGGGACAAGAGCUAUGUCAGCCUGUAUGCAGUGCCAAGAAAUGGUAUUUGUGGAGCCCAGAUACAGGCAUAUUCCACAUAUGUCAAUUAUUCAAAUGAACUGUUCUUCUCAACAAAAUCUGAUGGAGUCAAUGAAAGUCUUGAACUCUCUAGGAAUUUUUCCUGCUUCUUUCCAAUUAACAUGGAAGUCGUACUAUGGUUAACAGAAAGUUUUGUCAGCUCUGCAAAUAUUACUGUUGGGGAAAAUGCAACCUAUUUGGCAAAGAUGGGCUUCUUUAGAGAUGCAGAAUACACCAGACUUUACCAGGCUCCAUCCGUGUGGUCGAACACAGAAUCCAAACUGUAUAUUGGCAUCGUUAUUGAAAAGCCCCAGUCAUACAUCUACGUGCCAUACUUGAAAUCCUGCUAUGCUACACCUAGCGCUGAGAUCUGGGAUCCCAUUAAGAUUUAUAUUAUCAUCAACAACUGUCUCAAACUCAAUGAGUCAACCUAUCGCAUAACUCAGAGUGAGCUGUUCUACCAAGGACUCAUUUCUCUACCGAUGUUUGAAUACAUUGCAAGUUAUGACAAACUUUAUAUGCACUGUCAGAUCCGUUUGUGUAAUACGAUAUCCGAAACAUGCAAUCCAAUGUGCAACAAAACCAGUGCUGUGGAUGAUGGAAUGAUUGCACAAUAUUUAACACUGGGUCCUGUAAUACUCAGAGGUAAAAAUCUGUCUCUUUUUCUGCAGCAAUAACAUUUUUCCUUACAUAUCAAGGAUAAAGUGAGUAUUAAAAAGCAUAGUUGUACUGUAGGCAGUAGAUGUGCCAGAUAAAUUAAAUCUAUUCAGAACUAUAUUAUUUGUACAUGAUUCAAAUAACCACAAACUUAAAAGACACCAACAACCUUCAAAAUCGUUCGUACCGUAACAUCUUUUGCAUUUCCGCGAUCAUUAAGAAAUGAACAUACCAAUCCACUAACAAUUUCACUGCGUUAUAAAAUACAUCGUCGUUUGGAGUCAUUCAAGUUACACUGGGAUACACUAGUUCGCUAAAACAUAUAUUGUGAUAUUGUGUUGUGUGAAAUAUGUGUUUGUCAUGGGUUUGUUGUGUGACAUUGGGAAAGGGAUAAUACAUAACGCUUCUCUCGGAAUCUGCGCCACUUAGGUUUGGAAAAGAGAACAUAUCAAAAUACAUCAAUGAAAACCAUCUUUUAAAAAAAAAAUCAUCUUAUAAAGUCUUCUGUUUGCAUGAUAUAAAAAUAUUCAAUCAUCUCAUCACCGAGAAAAGUUUAUAAAUGCAUGCUUUUGUGUGUUCUGGCAAUGAUCUCCAGAAACCUACUUUUUCCCUACUGUAUUAUGUAUGCUUGUCCUUUGCUUCAUCCCGUAAUGGUAAGAAUGUAAUGAAGAGAUCUACAUUAUAUUAAUCUAGCCCAUUGGGUGAUCUACAGAUCAGCUUUAUAGUAAAGCCCAGGAAUGUACAGAUCUGGUAAGUAGAACUCUUUAGCAAUGAGUACCUAAUUAUUCAUUAUCUUCCUCGCAAUCUGCACCAAUUCAUUAAGGUUUGGAAAAGAGAACAUAUCAAUUUACAUCAAUUAAAACCAUCUUUAAAAAACUCAUCUUAUAAAGUAUUCUGUCUGUGUGAUAUAAAAAUGUUCAGAUCAUCUCAUCACCAAGACAAGUUUAUAAAUGCAUGCUUUUGUGCAUGUUCUGCCAAAUGGAAAUGGUAAGUAUAAUCUCCAGGAACUUACUUUUUUUCCCUACUGUAUUAUGUAUGCUUAUCCUUUGCUUCAUCCUGGAAUGUUAAGAAUCUAAUGAAGAGAUCUACAUUAUAUUAAUCUAGCCCAGGAAUGCACAGAUCUGGUAAGUAGAAGUCUUUAGCUACACUUUGAAGAAGAGCUCAAAAGUUCUACCGAAAUAUUCAUUAUCUUUUUCCUUAAUUCCAGUGUGUAUAGGAUUUGCUGUACUGGAUCAGGACACUAUUUGAUCUUGCUAGACAUUGCAAACAUAUAUUCCUUGAAUAACAUUCCCAAGGGGCUAAACAAGGAACCAAUGAAUUCCACAGACCAAAGCAAGCUAUGCACUGUUUAACCUAUUGCAGACUUAUUUUGCUCACAGUUGAAAACCACUGUAUUUUUUGUUUACAGGUCCUGGAAAGUUAUCUGCAUUUGCUGAAGAUGGAAUAUUCAAAGUCAGAAGUGGAAGCGGAACUAUUACUACAAGCAUGGGCUGUGACACCUAAAACCCAGGAGCUCAGGAAACAAGAGACAACUCAAGUCACAGGAGAACAUUAGAAAGAAGCCAAACUUACCUGUGGAAAGCAAAGACUAAAAUUGGCAAAAAUGUGUUAGAACAUAAUAAACAAGCUUUUACUUUUA